AUGGGCAGCCAGAAGCGCAUCGCAAAGGAACUUGCUGAGCUCACAGCCUCGCCCCCAGAAGGCAUUAUCGUCGAACUAGCCGACGAGGCGAACCUAUUCGAAUGGAAGGUCUACAUGGAUGGCCCUGAAGGAUCGCCUUAUGAGAACGGAAAAUUCCUAGUCAAGCUCUCCCUCCCCACCGGAUACCCCUUCAAACCCCCUACCGUCUCCUUCGCGACAAAGAUAUACCAUCCGAACAUCACAAAUGACGAAAAAGGAAGCAUGUGUCUCGGCAUGCUGCGAGCAGACGAAUGGAAACCCAGCUCGAAACUCAGUGCGGUACUAGAAUUCGCCCGCCAGCUGCUCGCGGAGCCUAUGCCCGAUGACGCGGUCGAGGGCCGGAUUGCAGAACAAUACAAGAACGACAAGAAGCGAUAUGAGGAAAUUGCACGGGAAUGGACUCACAAGCAUGCUACCCCUGCAUAG